GCACAGUGCAGACAGGAGGGAGAGUCUGAGCGCAGCGGGCGAAGCACUGCUCUCUGCCGGCGGAUCUUACUGCACAGUUUAUUCGGAGACCACUGCCUAACGAAAUCCCCGGAACACACGGGACAGGUGUGGACACUUUUUAAACUAUGCGUUAUUACUUUUGGAGAGGCUGCGCAGUGAAUCGGAGGGACCCGAUUUCACUGGACUCGUUGUGACUCCAAACAGUAGCCGCACGUUUCGCAUCUAGCAAAGUCGAACGGUUAUCACUAAGGAAAAGGGAGGACGCUGGGCUAUUUAAGGAUUUUAUUUCUAAAGUAAUCCAACAGCUGGGAACUAUACUGUAAUAAGGACCGAACUACACAGGCCGAACGGGAGACGUACUCGGAGGAAAAGAGAGCCGAGCCAUGGAGGUCGCAGCGGCGGAUCAGUCUCGGUGGAUGGCGCACCAUCACGCAGUGCUGAACGGCCAGCACCCGGAUUCCCACCACCACAGUCUGAGCCACAAUUACAUGGAGCCGAUGGCGCCUUUGCUGCCCCAGGACGAGGUUGACAUGUUUCUGAACCACUUGGACUCUCAAGGGAACCCUUACUACACCAACUCCCGGGCGAGGGUCUCAUACAGCCAGGCGCACGCUCGCCUCACUGGGAACCAGGUUUGCCGGCCACACCUCAUCCACAGUCCCGGCAUUCCCUGGCUGGAUCCCGGGAAAGCCGCCCUGUCCGCCGCGCACCACCACAACGCAUGGGCGGUCAGCCACUUUAGCAAACCCGGCCUCCACCCCGCCGGUUCCGGCUACCCGUGCAGUAGCAGCGCCGGAACGGCCUCCGUGUCCUCUCUCACAUCGGCGUCCCACUCCAGCCCGCACCUCUACAGCUUCCCCCCGACCCCUCCGAAAGACGUAUCUCCGGACCCGGGCCCUACCUCCCCGACCUCCACCUCCACCAGGAUGGACGAGAAGGACUCGAUCAAGUACCAGGUGCCGCUGACUGACGGCAUGAAGAUGGAGAGCUGCAGCCCGCUCCGCGGCGGCCUGGCCUCCAUGAACGGCCAGGCUGCAGCCACGCAUCACCCCAUCCCGACCUACCCGGCCUACCCCCUCCACACACCCCACGAAUACAGCGGCAGCCUCUUCCACCCGGGUAGCCUGCUUGGUGGAUCCUCCUCCAGCUUUACGCCCAAAUGCAAAAGCAAAGCCAGGUCGAGCUCAGAACUAUAUGCAGAGGGUCGAGAGUGCGUGAACUGCGGCGCCACGUCCACCCCUCUGUGGCGGCGGGAUGGCACCGGCCACUACCUGUGCAACGCCUGCGGACUGUACCACAAGAUGAACGGCCAGAACCGACCGCUCAUCAAGCCCAAGCGGAGACUGUCCGCCGCCAGACGUGCAGGCACCUGUUGUGCAAACUGCCAGACCACCACCACCACCCUGUGGAGGCGCAACGGGAAUGGAGACCCGGUGUGUAAUGCCUGCGGCCUCUACUUCAAACUACACAACGUCAACAGACCCUUGACCAUGAAGAAGGAAGGCAUCCAGACACGCAACCGCAAGAUGUCCAGCAAGUCCAAGAGGAACAAACGGGCAGGGGACUGCUUUGACGAGCUCUCCAAGUGCAUGCAGGACAAGGCCUCACCCUUCGGCGCUGCGCCUGGCCUAACAAGCCACAUGACCCACAUGGGUCACCUUCCCCCCUUCAGCCACUCGGGACACAUGCUGCCCACUCCCACGCCCAUUCACCCUUCAUUCGGUCACCCGCACCACUCCAACCGGUCGCCGGUCUGGGCAGAGCCUCACUGAGUCUCUUUCAGGACGCAGGAGCCACCACAUCUCCAUAAACACUAAACAGCAGACAUGUGUCGUGUACAGUGGUUGGCUGGAGUGUAGCGGCUUUGAGUUAGACCGAGUAACCGAUGGUCGUGGGACGCCACAGCCUCGCUGAGGGCACGUCGCAGACUUUUGCAGACUCUAUAAAGAGCUAAUGCAAUGAGGGGGUUUGUCUGUCCCAGGGUGAGUGGGGCUGGCAGGAGAGGAGUGAAUGGAGAUGCUUGUCAUUCUUUUUGCUUGUUUUUACUAAGUCACUUUGGUACCCACCUCUCCCUGACCCUGUAACAGGAGACUCCGGAGAGGGCCAAAAAACAACCGCUGUUUCUCACCUCGUGAUCAUAUCGUCAUACUGCGAGAUAUGUGCACCCCAUCCAUCCCCGCACUGUUGUCCAGAACUGCCAUGAACACACAGACAGACUCCUCAGUGCUGGCAGCUGUCUUACAUGCAGAACCCCUUCAAGGAACCAACGAACCAGAGCUCUCCCCACAUGCUGGAUUGUGCACCACAAUGCUCACCUGUUUUUCAUAACUGUUUUAUGAAAAAAAAAAAAAAAAAACACAACACAGUAAAUAGAAUGUUUAUAAAUGCUUAAUUGCUAUUAUUGUUGUUAUAUUUGAUGUUAUAAUUAUUGCUACAAUAAUUUAUUUUCACUCUUUAAACUUUCACCAGACACACAUGGAAACAUAUGAUUUUAAUUACAUGGUUAUUACGCAAAGAAAAACACUGACCUGUCUUGGGUGAAUAAAAGUCCCUGGGCUGUACGUUUUUAUCAUUUUUUCAUCUCACAAAGAAGAGAAAAUAAAGUUUAAUACUGAA